AUUCAAACGCAGGGUUCAGGGUUCUUCUGGGCGGUGUCAAGGAGAUGGGUGAUUGUCAUUGAUGCCUAUAAAUCGGGGAUACAUCCAGAUCGGGACGAUCUCGGCCCUGCGGAUAGUUGCCGAUCUAGAAAACAGGCAUCGCUAUAUAAACGGUCUGCUGAUUGUCGUCUGUCCUUUGCUUCCUCACCCACCCGCACAAUGAACACGACUGUCUCCCUACCCAGUAUACACGAGAUGUUCCCAGAGCACCUCUUGCGCGUCCCGCCCGAAGCGCGCUUGAAGGGGAGCGCCCCUCCGAGGCUGAUAUCUUCCCACGAUACCCGAUACUCGUUCGACCUGCUCCGCUCUGACCCUGCCUCGGCAUCCCUUACGCACAUCGCAUCCUCCGCAUCACUCCCAUACGAACCGCAGCCGUUCCCACCGCCACGCCGCGAGUCCACACCCAUCUCCAGCGAAGACGACGGCGACGGUGACGACACUGCCAAGGAAGGCAAGAAACACGUCUGCCCGACGUGUCACAAGCGCUUCAACCGGCCGAGCAGCCUCAGGAUCCACAUAAACACCCACACCGGUGCUACCCCAUUCCGGUGUCCAUUCCCCGGCUGCGGUCGUGAAUUCAACGUCAAUUCCAACAUGCGCCGUCACUACCGGAACCAUACCAACCCCGGCGCAGCCUCUCUCUUCCCUGCUCCUUCCUCACAACUCGCCUCCUCUUCUUCUUCCUCCUCGUCCUCGUCCUCCGCUUCCUCCCAUCCGAGUCAGAAACGCCGCAUAUCCAAAUCCGAAUACGUAUGGCGGCACCCACCCUCGUCAUCGAGCACCUCUUCAGACGACGAGGAAGACGAACACCAGUCGAGGUAUCGUCCGAGGGAGGAGUAUCCUUAUGAGACCAUAAGAGCGAGGUCUCGAGUGAGAACUGAUAGCACCGCCGAGGUGGCUUAA